UACAAGACUGUCUUUCCCUUUCUUGUGUACAGGGGAAGUGAGAUUAGUUGAUGGUAACAGCCCCUGUGCUGGUCGAGUAGAGGUGUAUCAUAAAGGUCAGUGGGGAACAGUCUGUGAUGAUGGCUGGGACCUAAAUGAUGCUAAAGUGGUUUGUAAAGAACUGGGCUGUGAUAAAGCAUUACGUGCUGCUGGCCUUGCUCGCUUUGGACGGGGAUCAGGACCAAUCUGGAUGGGUGCAGUUAAUUGUACAGGAUCAGAGUCAAGACUGAAGGAUUGUAAAUCAAGGAGGAGGGGUGUAAGUAACUGUAAACACGAUGAAGAUGCUGGAGUUGUCUGUUUGGGUAAGUUGGCUGGUAAAAACAAAGCCGAAAACUUUUAUUAUUCAUUCAACUCAUUAUUAAUAAAAUUCUUGUAUUUUGGUGUUUAUUCAUGAAAAUGUUAACAUGCAGGUCGCCUUCCCAGACUCAUAAAUGGACCUCAUCUGUGUGCUGGGAGAUUAGAGAUACAAAACAUAAAGACGUGGAUGUCAGUGUGUGAUGUUGGCUUUGACCAGCAGGAUGCAGAGGUUGUGUGUAGAGAGCUGGACUGUGGGGUUCCUGUACAGGUGCUGAGAGCUGCUGCUUUUGGUAAAGUAGAAUCUCAGAUGUGGACACAAGAGAUUCACUGCAGAGGAAAUGAGUCUCACCUGGUUUUCUGUCCUGCGUUCAAGUCUUCACACUGUACCCUUGAAAAUGCUGUAGGAGUAAUAUGCUCUGGUUAAGUAACAUUUGACUGCUCUUUACAUAAAUAUACAUAUAGUUAGAUACAUAUAAACUGAUUAAUUCUCCUAAAGUGACCAUAAACUGUUUCAAUAACCUCCACACAGGUUACACUGAUCUCCGACUGGUAAAUGGUUCAGACUCUUGUUCUGGAAGAGUGGAGCUUCAGUAUCUCAGAAAAUGGGGCACAGUAUGUGAUGCAUGCUGGGAUAUGAGAGCUGCCAAUGUCCUCUGUAAACAGCUGAAUUGUGGGAUUCCUGUGUCCGUUGUGGGAUCAGACUGGUUUGGAGAGGGAAGUGGUGAAAUCUGGGCUGAUGUGUUUGAUUGUGACGGGAAUGAAACAAAACUCUCAGAAUGUUCAAUCUCUUCAUGGAGUCGAGCUGAACGCUCUCAUAGACGAGAUGUUGGAGUCAUCUGCUCUAGUGCGGACAUUUUAUUAGAAUACAUUAAUAAAUUACUUGUAUUAAUAUCUUAAUAAACUGCCACAUGUUUUUCUUCAGACUCGUCUUUGCCUCUUCAUGAGGGUUUGGUGCGGUUGUCUGGAGAGAGUCAGUGUGAGGGGCAGGUGGAAGUUUUGAUCCAGCAGGUCUGGAGGAAGGUUUUGCUGGACUCCUGGAGUCUCACUGAAUCCUCUGUGGUCUGCAGACAGCUGGGCUGUGGCUCUGUGCUCAACUUCUCGGGCUCCUCUUCAUCCAGUCCUGAACACAGUCAUGAGUGUGUGAUGGGCUUCCAGUGCUCUGGGAGUGAAGCUCAUCUGGGGAACUGCAGCUCUCCACAAACUCUCAACUGCAGCUCCACACAACAGCUGUCAAUCACCUGCCUUGGCCGCGGGUCCAUCAGGCUGGUGGGUUCUGGGGGAGACUGUGCAGGGAGGCUGGAGGUUUUUCACAACGGCUCAUGGGGGACAGUGUGUGACGACUCCUGGGAUAUUAAAGAUGCCCAUGUAGUGUGCAGACAGCUGCAGUGUGGAGUGGCCCUCAGUAACCAGCAGGUACCAGCCUGGUUUGGUCCUGGUUCUGGACAUAUUUGGCUGGAUGAGGUGGAGUGUGAGGGGAAUGAGACGUCCCUGUGGAGCUGCUCUUCUCCAGGCUGGGGAAAACAUGACUGUCUACACGAGGAGGAUGUAGGAGUCAUCUGCUCUGAAUUUACAGAGAUCAGGUUAACUGACGGCUGUGAAGGGAAUGUGGAGGUUUUCUACAAUGGAUCCUGGGGAAAUGUGUGCUUAAAUCAGAUGGACAGAGACACAGCGAGUCUGAUCUGUCAGGAGCUGAACUGUGGAAGAUCUGGCAGUGAACCCAGUCAUUCAGUGAGCCUGAGAUCUGCUCCUAAAUGGUUGGAUCAUCUUAAAUGCAGAAAACAUGACAAAACAUUGUAUCAUUGUCCAUCUUUACCCUGGGGUAAGAACCACUGCUAUAUAGAUGAGGUGGCCAAAAUCACUUGCUCUGAAAAAGAGACUGAUGAGUCACCAAAGAGUCAUCUGACAUGUUCAGCAUUUCCUCACCACAAACAGUGUUCAGCACAUGUUCCUCUCAGACUGCGUGGAGGGGACGGCCGGUGCUCUGGGAGGCUGGAGGUGUAUCAUAACGCUGUGUGGGGCUCAGUCUGUGAUAAUCUCUGGGACAUCAGUGAUGCUCAGGUGGUCUGCAGGCAGCUGGGUUGUGGAGCAGCACUAAGGGCUGAUGGGAAUUCAACCUUUGGUGCUGGUAAAGGUGUUGUGUGGCUGAACGGAGUCCAUUGCAGAGGGAAUGAGCUUCACCUGUGGGACUGUCCUUUCUCCCUGAAGAAGCACAAUGAUUGCUCCCAUGAAAAGCAUGCUGGACUCACCUGUGCAGACUUGUCAGGUUUGUCAGUGUCCACUACUCUUUCCACAUCAGCAUCAUCUUCUGCUGCAGUUUCUCAGACAGUGAGCUCAACAUCAGUCUCUCCUCCACAAACUGGUCCAGAAACUCUCCCAGUCCCCCCAGUUCUGGUGAUUGUACUGGGAGUUGUGCUCUUACUGCUCUUAGUGCCGCUGCUUAUACUGAUUCAGCAGAACAGAGUGAUGAGGAGAGCUCUCUCUAAGAGGAGACACAAAACCACCACUGAGGCCGUUUAUGAGGAGAUUCAGCACAAACACUUCACUCAGGGGGACAAACUGGACCAAGAUGCUUCUAAAGAGUGCCUCAGUGAUGUACACAAAUAUGUCAUGAAUCAGAGUUAUGAUGACGUCACAACCCUGCACGAAGAAGUGACACUGAAGAAUUAUGAUGAAGUCUUCUCUUGUGAACAAAAUGAUGGAGCUGUGAUCAGUGAGUCUGGGGGUGUUCCAGUCAGGAAAUAUUAUGUUCACUUCCGGUAACCAAUGUAGUAAAAAACAUAUGAUUGUUCAUCUACUUACUUGUUAUCAUUUGCUUUUAGUUAAAGUAGUCACCAACCGUCUACACAUUCUGAGAAUAUUUCAGAAUUUACUGAGACUAAUUUUGUUUAUUACAGAGUUUAGGAAGGGAAGCCAGAUGAAAAGAAGAAUAAUGAGUAAACUCCCUACAAUAACUGUUUGAGCUGUUUUUUUUUUUAC